CCAAGCGAUGAUCGGGAUUUGUUGGUUAUGAUUUGUAUGGAUUUAUUUUAUUAUUUAAUUUUGUAAUUCGUGCCUACUUGCGGUCAGUCAUGAAUUUACGAUCGCUCGAAAUUUAAAUUCAAACACUACUUGAACGUUCGACAUAUCCCACAGCAAUGCAUAGUACCGCUACCAAAUAAACGCAUUCUCUGCAUCGUUCUAGAUUACGUUUUGUUGUUUUUCUCGACGAUCUAAUUCAUAGUUUUAUAUAUGCAUUUGAAUAAAUACAAUAAUUGGUAGUAUGAAGAGAAGGAAUGGCGAUUGUGGAAAAUCUCGAAAGGCCUUGAAAAGAAACAAAUCCGCCACCGAAGGAAUCUACUGGAGUUCCGUACAUUAUCUGAAGUUGUUCGGCAUUUGGCUCGUUUUGAUACUACUUGAUUAUUUACUGCACUUUCGUUUUGAAUACGUUUGGCCAUUUUGGCUUCUUUUUCACAAAAUUGUUGAAGGAAUUAAACAUCAAGGUUUUGUUUAUACAGUGUUUUUUGUUUGCAUUGCAUUGACAUCAGACAUGGUGUGCUUUUUCUUUAUACCAGUACAUUGGUUGCUCUUCGUUGCUAGUACAUAUUUUUGGGUACAAUAUAUUUACCAAGCAGAAAAAUGUGUUUCUUGGCCAGUGGUAACUUUAUUAGUCUUGUACAUUUAUGUGGAGGCUUAUAUCCGACUGAAUAACCCUGACCAUAUUCCUUAUAAAUUGGUUUUGUGUAAACCUUUAGCUGCUAAUUGUAUUGGAUAUCCUGUGGUUACAUUAUGUUUUGGUUUCAAAAGUUACUUAAGUCAUAAAUUGAGACAAAAACAACAACAAAGGGUUUCUAAAGAAAAUGAGUUUUACCAAAACUUGUUAUUAGAUGCUUUGCCAUUUGAUAGAAUAACCGGCUCCAUUAUACCUAGUCAAGAAAAUGAUGAUGGAGAAAUAUGGUUGGAAUCAAUUUGUGAGGUGCCUGCAGAAGAAAAUGAUAUACAUACUAAUAAAGUGAUAUCUAAUGGUAGUGUUCCACAUAAGAAACCUGAAAAACAAGAUACAAUAUGUACUGAGAUACCUAAUAAAAAAAUAGUAACUAAUGAUAAAUUAAUAUGUAAUAGUAAUCAAGAAAAUCAUGUAAAUAAAGAAACAGAAAAAAAUAAAAGGGUGACCCCUAAAGCGUCAUCAACUAAAAAUAAUAAUCAUCUAAGGUGUAGUAAUCAAAACUCGAGCACAAAAGAAUCUACAAAGGCUAAAGGCACUUCACCGCUAAGACUAGAAAAGCCUUUAAUUGUUGAUCCUAAAGAUAUAUAUUGUGAAACGUUGGAAAAUGAGUUAAAAAGGCUUAAAUCUGAACUUCAUUCAUGUAAUCAAACAGAAAAAGAACUGAGAAAUCAGUUAAAUUCAGCUUUGAUUGAAAAUUCAAACACAUCACAUGAUUUGACAAGGCUGAAACAAGAACACGAAGAUACUAAAUCUAAGAUUAUCAAUUUGGUAGUAACACAUCAAAAUGAUAGACAGAUGGUGUCUCAACUUGAAAAACGUUUGUCAGAUGAAAAACGACAAAGGAUUUCAUGUGAGUCUCAAUUAGUCACAGAAAGACGACAAUUAAAAAAAGUCGAAGAGCUUGCUGCUUCCAGAUUAUCAGCUUUAUCUACAAAACCAGAAUGUACAGAAAGCUGUAAGGUUAGACGUAGGGAGCUUGAAAGUGAAGCUAAAGCAUUACGCAAAGAACUUAGGAUAAAAGAUGAGCAGUAUGUGGCAGCCCAAAAAGAAGUCAAUGAUCUUCAACCAUACAAACAAAGUCAAGAUAAAAUUGAUUUUGUGAUGUCUGCGUUGUCAACAUUGAAAGACAAAAACGCUCACUUAGAACACAGUCUGAGCGCGGAAACGCGCAUUAAACUCGAUCUGUUUUCAGCAUUAGGCGAAGCUAAGAGACAGCUAGAAAUUAAAAUUAAUAAAAUUUCGUCUCAAGAAAAAGAGAUAGAAGAACUCAAGUCUAAAAUGGCUCAGACAAUGAUUAUGACGCCACCAAAUAAUUCAUACCAUAUGGUAAACUCUGUUGGCGGAUCGCCAACAAUGAGGUUUGGUGGUAGUAAUUCACCACAGUCAAGCCUUGAUCCCAAUGCCACUAUAUAUACACCUAAGAAAAGUUCACACUUAGUCACUGAAGCUUAAUUUUAUCAUAAAAUGUUUGCAUACAGAAUUGCCGUAUUUUUCAAAAACUGACAUCAGAAAUUAAUUCUCUUCUCUCUCUCAAUAGAUAAUAAUUAUUAUACACAUUAGAUACGUCAGUAGUCAGAGAAAUAUUAAUUUAGACAAUUUGUAUUGAUAGUAAUAUUCUUUAUUAGAAUCAAUAUUUUUAUUGUUUACAAACAUUUUACAAAUACUUAAAAUGAUUUUAAUUAAUCGUUCCCCCUCUCAUGUAUUAUGAAAUUGACUUAUGUUCUCGCACUUCAUAAUUUAUUAAUUAUCUAUUUUGAUUUUGUUUCAUUUCUCAGUUCUUUGACCAAUGAGGUUUUCUACUUCAGUUUAUUUAAUUUGUUUAUUUGAUCUUCCAAUUCAUAAUGUUGUUUUCUUUCUUUUCAUUUCAUCUGUAUCAGUAUCUUUGUGGUAAUAGACACACAAACUCUAAGAAACUUAAAAGUCGAAAUGAACAAAUUAAUAUUAAGACAUAUGUUAAGUUUAAACUUAGUUCUUUUUUAACCAUUAUAUAAAUUUGUAUAUUUUUUUUUUUUUUUUUGUUCCUAAUCAGAAAAAAUCCUGAGGGUCAUUAAUAUUAACCCCAAAGGAGAUUUUCUUUGUUAACAUUUAUGAUUGUAAUGAAAAGAUUGUGAUAAUUUAGACGAAAUAGCUCCGAUUAAAAAGAAUUAAAGUGUAUUAAAUAGAUACACGAAUAUAUAUAAAAUAAAUAUAUUAUUUUUUUUUUUAUAAAAUUAAGACUUAAUAAUACGGUCAUAGAU